CCUAGAGUUGCGUGUGGACGGUUACUGCUGCGGAGAGGUGAGGAAUUAUGGAGUGGAAUUUUCGAACUCUGAAGAAUUGGAUUUGGCGCGGAUUCGGCGCAGAUGAGGAUAUCGAUCCAAACGAUCCGGAGGCUCAGAAAGCUGCGACUAAGAUCCAAGCAGUGUUCCGGGGUCAUAAGACGCGGAGAGAGAUGAAGAACGACCAGACCGAUGCCGACACUGAGGUGCAGGACUUCGAGGCGGAGUUCAGCGCGGAUGACAAAGAACUGUGCCACGCAGCGACAAAGAUCCAAGCGUCAUUUAGAGGCCAUAAAGUCAGAAAACAGGCCGAGGAAGACAAGCUCAGUAGCCAAAUGGAGAAGGCAAAGGUAGAGGAAGAGGAAGUACUAGACAUUGACCUGACAGAUCCAGAACUCAACAAAGCCGCCACCAAGAUUCAAGCCUCCUUCCGCGGCCACAAGGUCCGCAAGGAGACGGACGAGCCCUCAGAUGAGGCCGCCAAGAACUCCCAGUGAGGUCACUGAGGUCAUCCGUACUCGACGUCAAGUCUUUCGUAGAUCCAGCGGUGACAGCUCGGCUGCUCUGGUUCGAGCACUACUACGACAGGCUCCCUGUCCAACACCUCUUCUCUAGUACCGUUCUGUUAGUCACCCGGCGCUUCACUGGUUUAGCGUUAUCUACAUUUUUGAUAUACAACAGUAGUUUUACAUCGGUUUUAUAUCGAGUUGUUUCAGUCGAUGUACAGAUGCGUGGCAGCAAUUCCCAAUUUUUUGGUAGCGUUUUAAAAUUCGCCAUAAAUAUUUUUAAAAGUCCAUUGUUAUUAAAUUUUAACUAAAGAACAAUCAAUUAUAUUUGUUGUUGUUGAUAUUUGAAGAUGAGAACUAUAUAUUAUACCUAUGAUGAUAUGAGUAAUUUAAUAACGUGUCUAUUUAAUCGUGUUGAAGCCUUCUAUACACCAGCGGUUAGAAACAGUUUGUUAGCCAACUAUACAUACACAUGCUUUAGAAUGAUUUGCUAGUUAACCGGUUACAGCUUGUUCGACGCGUUUACGUUUUUUUGUAAAUAGCUUUGAUGUAUUAUUAUGCGUGCUUGUAGCUGGUUGCGUAAUGUGUCGAUGAUUUGUGAUAGUUUCUCUAAAGCUUCCUUUGAAGUGCUACUGUUAUCUCCUGUUAUAUGUUUGGUUUCCACUUGUUAUAAUUUUGUCUACUAAAAUGGACUUACUUUUUUGAGUCAAUGUACAAUGAAAAUUAGCCUCAAAGACUUGCUGAAAUGAAAUUGAAACGAACCAGUGAACUGUAAAAAUUUUGAUUUGGUAAUAAAAACUUAGGUACCAAAAAUUUGUACAAAUAAUGAAACUGACAAGAGUCGAUUGAUAAGUUGAAUGGUAGUCUUCGAGUACAAUAAUAAAGAAAAUGGCUUAAAUAUUUUUAGUGAAUGUGAUGAAGGACGCUUUUUAAAAGGAUUCUAAUGUUGAGAAAACAGCUAUAAUUAUUGGUAUCUAUGCCUUUUACUAAAAAGGUUUAAAUGCUGGUUAAAAUUAUUCACCCGACAACCAUACAUUUUAGUGAAUAAAUUUCAUAGCGAACGCAUGAAGACUCAAUAAACUAACUUCAUUUAACCUCGUAUGCAGUUAUAGUGUGUGUUCUGAAUGUUUUACUCCAAGCGAGACCUUCUGCUGAAACCAAUGUCACUAAAUACAUCUGUACGGAUAUCUUAAUAAUAGGAGAUUGCUCAUUUCUCUACCUUACAUAGUAGUCGAACCUAUUGUACCUCGAAAUUUGCCUUUGAAUCUAGUCUCAUGUAAGAAUCAACUUUUGGUUUUGUGCCAUUACUCAUCUACGACAUAAUAUUUAGGUGGGUUAUGGAGGGUUACUUUAAUUAAAUGCCAUGGUGAAUUAACAUACGUCCAGAUUGAUUCGGGGUCAAAUAGAGAUUCCUUAAUAUACGUUUUUCGUUUUGAUUUCUUCACUGUGUCGUUUAUUCAUUUUAUAUGUCUGAAUAUCCUGGGUGCAAGUUAAAUCACCUGCGGAAUACCGUGAAAAAAGAAGAACUGCUGUACACUCAAAAACUAAAACAUUAAAUUUUAACAACAUAAUGUUAUAAUGUUUGAAUCUUAAUCUAAGGAUCUUAAAUAACGAUAUAAUACCUUAUGAUUCUUUACAUCGGAACACUGAUUUUAAAUAUGUUGAAAAUAUUUUAUAAAAUUUCCAAAAUGACACCAUUUACAGUAAUUUCACUAAUGGUGUUAUGAUUAAAGAAAAUAAUGUUUAAUUAUGCGAACAGUCUGAAUUACUAUUAGGAACUCACUUGUAUGUUGAUAUAUUUUAUAUGUAGUGUAAACAGUAUUAUUAAUUUUAACUAAUCAUAAUUUCAUUCAGUCUUAAGAGUGACUGGGACACGUGAAAUUUUGUAAUGUAGAAAAUAUGAAAUUUGUUUAAAAUAAUAAGUUUAAAAACGAUACUGACCUAAAUUAAUACACUUAUAUACCAUUCUCACUUACAUAUGUUUUAAUUGUACCAUGGCAUAAAUUAAAUUUAUUUUUGCAUGUUGAAUCAAAUAUAUAACUUACUUAAGAAGAAGAUAGAAACUUGUAUGACGAUAUGACUUCGCAUGUAAUAAUAAAAUAUCUGAUAAAUCUAGUCAGUAAUGUAGUGAAAAGUUUUUUAAUAAAUUUUCAGAGAGCACAAACUACAAAGGUUAUUAGGUUCCUCAUAAAAAUUUUAAACGGAAAACAUUUUGGUAGGACUCAAUAAGAGGGUAUGUAAUAUACGACCGUUUACGAUAAGAGAAAGAAGAAUAUUUACGAGAAAAGUCACGUUUGGCAAGAUACUGGAAACGGUGCAAUAAUAUGGUCAAUUAACUAUCAUGUAUGAAUACUGAUACAUAAUAAAGUUUAAAUUUGUUUUCUUAGCACUAAUCGUAAUCCAUAAUAUUGUAACUUAGUUAUUAUAGUUCUAUACUUUUCAAAACAAAACAAGUUAUGAAAAGUUAAACACAAAAAAUACUUAUAAGCAUUUGCAGUCAUGAAAUACAUUUGGUUUAGUCGUAAUAAAUAUCAAAUAAAAUAAAGUCUGGCUUAUAAUAAGACCAGAUGUUGAACAUCUGCUCAAUUUAAUGCUGUAUGCUGAUAGAUCUUACUAAACAUAUGUAUUAACAAUUUUAAAAAUGUAAUCACAGUAAGAAGGCUAUUUACGAUUUACUUGAUCUUUACUUAUAUAUAAUAUUUUAAAAUAAUGAAUUUAUGACGGACAGUAAACUUCUGGUAUUUGUGUCAUUAAUGGUUAACACUAUAGUGAUUUAUCAGGUCUGAACUAUUUAACUGAACAAUUAUUGUUGAAAAAAAUACUUUAAGAAUAUUAUUGUUUAACUGUUACCUUUUUACUUCAACAAUAAUCUUAAAAGAAUAUUUAGAUAUACAACUGCUGAAAAGUAAUAAAUUCAUUGUGAGGAAGUAGUCUUAGCAUUUCGAAACUAAAUAUAAACUAAUUGAGUUGUAAAUGUAUUGAACUCUUUAAAGCCAUAUUCUUUCAAUUUUGUCAUUGAAUUAGAUUUACGUAAUUACUAAUUAGCUUAAUUAAAUAAGUUGUGAAUGGUGAAAGGGAAAGUUAGUGACUGUUACGAGAGCUGUACAAUCAUAGUAUUUGAUACGUAACUGAGUGCGACUGAUUUUACUGAUUGUUACUGAUUAUUUUGUAACUCUCUUGGCUACAUCAUCAGCUUCAGCCAAAGCUAAGCGAUUCACAGUUACUCUGCAUUUUCAUUCAUUAUUUUGAGAACUUAGGGUAGUCAUUCAUGCCGAUUCAUGGCUAAACGCUGGUAACUCAGCUAUAAGAAUUCUUCAUUCAUUUGAACUCGUCAUUUUAACUGAUCUCUAAAAAUAUACUAUAUAGUUUUCUGUAUCAAAGAUAAUAUAAGUAUAAGACAUUGUUGAAUAAACAUCUUGUUCUAUUUAAAA